AUGGUGGAGAUGAUAGACGUCCCACAUGAGCGUAGAGUGACCCUGGCUACCUUCUUUCUAGCCAGGAAUAUUAGACACUGGUGGGAGUCAGUUAGGAGACGGUAUCAAGAUCGAUCAGCCAUUACAUGGCCAUUUUUCAGAGCAACAUUUGAUGGGCAGUUCUAUCUACUUGCCUAUCAGAAUAUGAAGAUGGAGGAAUUUCUGCAGCUGGAACAGGGUGUGAUGUCAAUAUUGGAGUAUGAGAAGAACUUUAAUGAAUUGUCCAAGUACUAUACUCCAUUAGUAGCGGCUAAAAGCAAGAAGUGCCAAUUGUUUACUGGAGGACUUAAGAUGUCCAUCCGGGACAUUGUGGUAGGACAGCGGCUGACUACCUUUGCAGAUCUGGUUAUGUCUGCCUCACUGAUCAAGAGCAUAAGGGGUCAUCCAAGAAAGGCAGUUUCAACUCCGGAUCAUCCAGUGGCCGUAGUUACGGAGGUUUUUGAGCUAGAGUCAGUUCCACCGGAGGCUUUAACUAGAGUAGAGGUUCUGGGAACUGCUCUAGAGGUGGUACAGCUCGUGGUGCUGGGAAACAGCUACAGCCAGUCGCUAGCAGGAGGAGUCGCCCCUAGUGCACCGUGUGUGGCAGGUACCACUCUGGGCCUUGUCAAUAGGGCGCCAUUAGGCGCUAUCUUUGUGCACAGUUCGGUCAUUUUCGAAGGGAGUGCCCGAUACUCCUCCAGGGCAGAGAGAUCACCGCUGGGCCGACCUAAGGGACUGAUGUACAGAGUAGUGCUCAGGGCGCGACACAGUUUGUUGGGGCCUCGUCCAAUGGUGGGGUCCAGAUAA